UGAAUGCACUCUUGGUGUCAUGUGCCCCCCAAAUUCCCGUUCGGAUGGGGAGCUCCAAACUGGCAGAGGAACGGCCCCUUCCCCAUCUCUCCCCAGCCAAAUCUCGUCUCUGCCUCAGACCGUGCCGAUACUUGUUUGCAUUGGUGGAUCACGGCCGGUUUCAGUCAAGGACUCGGAGGAGGAAUCAGGGUUUUCAUCCUUGAAGAGCUCAAAGCCUGCUUAUCGAGAUCAUCCUCUGGCCGGGUGCUUCUCUCAUCUAAAGUCCGCACAAGACAGGCUGCCCUCAUGGGUGUCAAUGGACCUUCAAAUACUUCUGGAAUACUAGACGGGAUUCAUGGGGUGCGGCUGGUAGGAAGGUCAGCAUUCGAAGUUGAAAAAGCACUUCACUGUGAGGGCGUCGAUCGUUCAACUUGCAGAGGUGUGGAUAUUGCUGAGACGAGCCAAAUAUUGUUAAUCCGAAGGAUAUGGCAGCAGAGGCCUUCGUGCUUGAGGCCAAUUCGUUGUACGCUUCACGGUGAUCGGAACAUUACAGAAUCUGUUGCCAAUGUUUUAACUUCGUUGCCUUUUGUUGUUCUUGGAUUGCAGGUGCCUAGGAAGAACAUAAACACUGCACUCUAUGCUAAUUCAUUAAUUGGAGUAGGGAUUGCUUCAAGUCUAUAUCAUUCCUCGAGAGGAGUACUCCGAAAGUAUCUAAGAUGGGCUGACUAUACAAUGAUAGCUGCAACUACUCUUUGUCUAUCACGGUCACUCAGAAAUGAGAACCCAAAACUUUUAAUGGCGGCAUCCACAUUGCUUUUGCCAAUUCAGCCAUUGAUGGUUUCAGCUGUUCACACUGGACUAAUGGAGGUAGCAUUUGCCAAACAAGCAUUGACAAGACCAAAUCUGAGGAUGGCACACAACCUACACAAAAUGUCUUCCCUACUGGGAGCGGCACUUUUCAUUGCUGAUGAUUGCUUUCCUCAAACGCCCUAUCUUCAUGCAGCUUGGCACCUUGCUGCAGCAGUUGGGGUUGGGACAUGUAACAAGCUUCUUGAAUGACUUACCUGCAUCCUAGCAGCUGUUCUUCUCAUUUAUUUGAUAAUCAAGACAAUCAUGCAAGAGCCAAUGACUUUUAAUUCGUCGAUAUGAAUUUAUGUGACAAUGUAUCCAAAGUUUCUUUCAAAAGUGGAAAAGAAACUAGUUCGCUGCCUCAAUCAUCUGUCAAUUGAGUUGGUCUCAGGAACAAUUCUUAUUUGUUUGAUCUUCUCUUGAGAAUUCCUCUUGGAAUACUACAAAACAAUCCUAUUAUUGGAAACGAAAGCUAUAUACAUUUUUUCU